UUUUUUCAAUUGCAUCUAACUCAUCUGAUGAAUCCAAUGGCAAAUGUGAGGAGGAAAGUUAUGUUGAGGAUAGUGAACCUACUAGUAAAAGUUUAGGUAGUUAUAGCAUGGACUUGCUUCAGGAAAGUCCUGGAACCGAAUUAACCUCCCAUCUGUCUGCUGACCUUGCAUUGCAAGUUGUUCAGGGACUCACAGCUGAACCCAUAACAAGGCAGUUAACCAAAGAUGAACAGAAGAGGCAGGAAAGUGAGCAUGCCGACCUGGAGUCCUCCAUAUUUGAUACAUUUAGCCAUUCAUUAGAUCAAUCCCCUGAGUCAGACACUUCAACCAUCAGAGAGGAUUUUGAGUCAUUUAAUAACACAAUAGUCUUCCAAAGUGAAGAAGGUGAUGAGAAACUUCUACCUGAUGUAAAUGAAACAGAAGUCCCAGAUUACUUUUACUCUGCUGGUCCAUGCAAUCAGGAAGCAUUGUACCAAAGAGAUGAAGCAAAGGACCUAGAAAAUAUAAUAGUAGCAUAUGGACCUCAUUUUAGAAAACCAGAUGAUGUAAAAAAGUAUCAAAUGGAAGAUGAUAAACCUGAUUCCAAAGUAUUUACUUGUCAUCUUAAUCAACCAGCAUAUUUGGAGGAAAGCACUAAACCAUUUACUAAUCCAAUCUUACUUCAGAGUGUUCAGGACAAAAAUGAAAUUGCAAAUGAAAGUCAAUUUGAAAGCAGGAGGAGAAAGAUGGGGUCAACUCAUAGUAGUCAUAAAGGUACUCAAAGUGAAGAGGAGGGUAGAGAGAGAGAAGCACAAGGAGAAACAAAAAAUACAGAGGUGAUUGCAGACAAGGGAGAAUACAUGGAAGCAGUGGAAAGAUCUUGCACAGAGUUUGAAAUGUUGAUGGAAUAUAUGGAUGGAGUUGGUAAUGAUAGGAAUGAUGGAAAAGAGAAAAAUGAGGAGACUGCCCUGACUGACCAUAGCUCUUCAUUUAGCAUUUCAAAUCAAGUGGGAAGAAACAUAGACAGUGAUAAUGUAGACAGUCUUAGAUAUUCAGUAAAGAAUGAAUUUAGCCCAUCUCAUCAAAACCCUUACCAUUUGCAACAUGAAGACACAUUAUGGGAGGAAACACUUGAUGAAUCAAAAGAAAACAAUGACUUUCCUCCAAAUCCUCCAUCAGAGCAGAGUUAUCUUGGUGAAGAGGGAACAGCCGAAAUAGAAUUCCACACCCCAGUGACCAAAAAGAAGAUUGGUUCCGCACGCAGCAGUACUCCUCUUGGUAAACGGGAAGAAGAAAAAACAGAGAAGACCCAGAAGGAGAAGAAUAUAGAAGACCAAGAGUUAAUAGAAAUGGUAGCAGAGGUCAUGAUAGCAGAAAAGACUGAGUGUGUAAAGCUAGAGAAACAUGUACACAAAAUGACAGAAUGUCAGGAUAGAGGAGACUCAGAGACAAUAUUAAAGGAGGAAGAGGUAGCAUUAGUAGGAGAACAAAAAUGUGGCAUAGAAAAAACCGAGCUUGAAGAACCUACAGAAAAAUGUAGAGGGGCAGAAGUGGUGGAAGUACAAACAGUAGCCGAGUGCGAGAGCACCCAAACUCCUAAUGACCCAGGAUUUGAAUCCAAAGCAAUAGGGAAGAGAAGAAAGAUGGGCUCUACCCGUCGAAUUCAAGAAGCACUCAACACAGAGGAAGAGAAAAUGGAAGCUGGAGAAGAUGUCAUGAUGGAUGAAAUCAUAGGGCAAAUGAUUGGAGACCCUGAAGCAGUGGAAGGGUCCUUCCCAGAGAUUGAAAUGUUGAUGGAAUCUAAGGAUGAAGCUGGUAAUGACAAGAAUGAAGGAGAAGAGAUAAAUAAUGUGACUGCCCUGACUGACCAUAGCUCUUCAUUCAAUACUUCAAUUCAAGAGGGAGGAAACAUAGAUGCUGAUGAAAUAAGCAGUGAAAGCCCAUCAAUGAUGAAAGACAACCCUGAGCUCCUAAAUCCUGACAAACAUGUAGAAGUGAAAGAGGAUCAUUCAAAAGCUGUUCCAGAGAAUAUUGCAUUGGAUAAAGAGGUCUCCAUAGUAGCAGAUAUAAAUUCUGCCCUAGAAGAGUCUGGGGUGGUAGAACCUGCAGAAAACCCUAGAGAAGCAGAGGAGGUAGAAAUAGAGAUAGCAGCUGAGUGCAAGAAAACCCAAAGUCCCUAUGACCCAGCAGCUCUUACAGCACAGAACCAGCAGUCAGAGGAUAAGGUUUGUUUAGAUCAUGAUACCUCAACUACUCAGCUUACUAAUAUAGUAGAUAUGGAACAUCUGUUAACAUCAAGUAAUGUCCUCAGAAGUACUACAGAAUCACAUCUGUCUCCGAGUUCCCCUUCACACAGUGAUGUUGGUGAAUCCAAAGCUAUAGGACGGAGAAAAAAGAUGGGGUCUACCCGUCGCAAACGAGAAGCACUCAACACAGAGGAAGAGAAAUGGGAAGCUGGAGAAAAUGUCAUGAAGGAUGAAAUCAUAGGGCAAAUGAUUGGAGACCCUGAAGCAGUGGAGAGAUCUUUCAUAGAGUUUGAAAAGCUGAUGGAAUCUAAGGAUGAAGCUGGUAAUGACAACAAUGAAGGAGAAGAGAUAAAUAAUGUGACUUCCCUGACUGACCAUAGCUCUUCAUUCAAUACUUCAAUUCAAGAGGGAGGAAACAUAGAUGCUGAUGAAAUAAGCAGUGAAAGCCCAUCAAUGAUGACAGACAACCCUGAGCUCCUAAAUCCUGACAAACAUGUAGAAGUGAAAGAGGAUCAUUCAAAAGCUGUUCCAGAGAAUAUUGCAUUGGAUAAAGAGGUAUCCAUAGUAGCAGAUAUAAAUUCUGCCCUAGAAGAGUCUGGGGUGGUAGAACCUGCAGAAAACCCUAGAGAAGCAGAGGAGGUAGAAAUAGAGAUAGCAGCUGAGUGCAAGAAAACCCAAAGUCCCUAUGAGCCAGCAGCUCUUACAGCACAGAACCAGCAGUCAGAGGAUAAGGUUUGUUUAGAUCAUGAUACCUCAACUACUCAGCUUACCAAUAUAGUAGAUAUGGAACAACUGUUAACAUCAAGUAAUGUCCUCAGAAGUACUACAGAAUCACAUCUGUCUCCGAGUUCCCCUUCACACAGCGAUGUUGGUGAAUCCAAACCUAUAGGACGGAGAAAAAAGAUGGGCUCUACCCGUUGCAAACGAGAAGCACUCAACACAGAGGAAGAGAAAUGGGAAGCUGGAGAAAAUGUCAUGAAGGAUGAAAUCAUAGGGCAAAUGAUUGGAGACCCUGAAGCAAUGGAAGGGUCCUUCCCAGAGAUUGAAAUGUUGAUGGAAUCUAAGGAUGAAGCUGGUAAUGACAACAAUGAAGGAGAAGAGAUAAAUAAUGUGACUGCCCUGACUGACCAUAGCCCUUCAUUCAGUAAUUCAAAUCAAGGAGGAAAUAUAGAUGCUGAUGAAAUAAGCAGUGAAAGCCCAUUGAUUAUGAAUGAAUUAAACCAAAGUUUUCACAACCCUGACCCCAAUUUUCCUACUUUCCAGUCCUACCAGACUGAUGACACACUGAUCUCAAGUCCAGAUUUCUCUAGCGGACAAUGUGAAGACACAUUAAUGGAGGAAAAGCUUGCUGAAUCAAAGGAAAAUAAUAAUUUUCCUCCAGAUCCUCCACCAGAGCAGACUUAUCUUGGUGAAGAGGCAACAGCGAGCAAAGGAUCCCACACCCCAGUGAAGAAACGGAAGAUGGGUUCUACUCGCAGCAGGACUCCUCACGGUAGACAGGGAGGACAGAGCGCAAAGGAGAACCAGGAGGAUGAGAAUUUGGAAGACCAAGAGUUCAUAGGAGUGGUGGGAGAGGUCAUGAUAGCAGAAACUACUGAGCCUGUAAAGCUUGAGGAACAUGUAGAACAAAUUGCAGAAGAUCAGGCUAGAGGUGACUCACACAACAUAUUAAAGGAGGAAGAGGUUGUUAUAGUAGCAGAACAAAAAUGUGGCUUAGAAAAACCUGAGCUUGUUGAAACUGCAGAAAUUCUUAGACGGGCAGAGCUGGCAGAAGUACAAAUAGUAGCUGAGUGUGAGAGCACCCAAAUUACUAAUGUCACAAGAUGUGAAUCCAAAGCAAUAGGGAAGAGAAGAAAGAUGGGCUCUACCCGUCGAAUUCGAGAAGGACACAACACAGAGGAAGAGAAAAUGGAAGCUGGAGAAGAUUUAAUGAUGGAUAAAAUCAUAGGGCAAAUGAUUGGAGAUCCUGAAGCAGUGGAGAGAUCUUUCAUAGAGUUUGAAAAGUUGAUGGAAUCUAAGGAUGAAGCUGGUAAUAACAAGAAUGAAGGAGAAGAGAUAAAUAAUGUGACUGCCCUGACUGACCAUAGCUCUUCAUUCAGUGCUUCAAUUCAAGAGGGAGGAAACAUAGAUGCUGAUGAAAUAAGCAGUGAAAGCCCAUCAAUGAUGAAAGACAACCCUGAGCUCUUAAAUCCUGACAAACAUGUAGAAGUGAAAGAGGAUCAUUCAAAAGCUGUUCCAGAGAAAGUUGCAAUGGAUAAAGAGGUCUCCAUAGUAGCAGAUAUAAAUUCUGCCCUAGAAGAAUCUGGGGUGGUAGAACCUGUAGAAAACUCUAGAGAAGAAGAUGAGGUAGAAAUAGAGAUAGCAGCUGAGUGCGAGAACACCCAAAGUCCCUAUGACUCAGCAGCUCUUACAGCAAGGAACCAACAGUCAGAGGAUAAGGUUUGUUUAGAUCAUGAUACCUCAACUACUCAGCUUACCAAUACAGUAGAUAUGGAACAACUGUUAACAUCAAGUAAUGUCCUCAGAAUUACUACAAAAUCACAUCUUUCUCCGAGUUCCCCUUCACCCAGCGAUGUUGGUGAAUCCAAAGCUAUAGGACGGAGAAAAAAGAUGGGCUCUACCCGUCGCAAACGAGAAGCACUCAACACAGAGGAAGAGAAAUGGGAAGCUGGAGAAAAUGUCAUGAAGGAUGAAAUCAUAGGGCAAAUGAUUGGAGACCCUGAAGGAAUGGAAGGGUCCUUUCCAGAGAUUGAAAUGUUGAUGGAAUCUAAGGAUGAAGCUGGUAAUGACAAGAAUGAAGGAGAAGAGAUAAAUAAUGUGACUGCCCUGACUGACCAUAGCCCUUCAUUCAGUAAUUCAAAUCAAGGAGGAAAUAUAGAUGCUGAUGAAAUAAGCAGUGAAAGCCCAUUGAUUAUGAAUGAAUUAAACCAAAGUUUUCACAACCCUGACCCCAAUUUUCCUACUUUCCAGUCCUACCAGACUGAUGACACACUGAUCUCAAGUCCAGAUUUCUCUUGCGGACAAUGUGAAGACACAUUAAUGGAGGAAAAUUUUGCUGAAUCAAAGGAAAAUAAUGAUUUUCCUCCAGAUCCUCCACCAGAGCAGACUUAUCUUAGAGAAGAGGCAACAGCGAGCAAAGGAUCCCACACCCCAGUGAAGAAACGGAAGAUGGGUUCUACUCGCAGCAGGACUCCUCACGGUAGACAGGGAGGACAGAGCGCAAAGGAGAACCAGGAGGAUGAGAAUUUGGAAGACCAAGAGUUCAUAGGAGUGGUGGGAGAGGUCAUGAUAGCAGAAACUACUGAGCCUGUAAAGCUUGAGGAACAUGUAGAACAAAUUGCAGAAGAUCAGGCUAGAGGUGACUCACACAACAUAUUAAAGGAGGAAGAGGUUGUUAUAGUAGCAGAACAAAAAUGUGGCUUAGAAAAACCUGAGCUUGUUGAAACUGCAGAAAUUCUUAGACGGGCAGAGCUGGCAGAAGUACAAAUAGUAGCUGAGUGUGAGAGCACCCAAAUUACUAAUGUCACAAGAUGUGAAUCCAAAGCAAUAGGGAAGAGAAGAAAGAUGGGCUCUACCCGUCGAAUUCGAGAAGGACACAACACAGAGGAAGAGAAAAUGGAAGCUGGAGAAGAUUUAAUGAUGGAUAAAAUCAUAGGGCAAAUGAUUGGAGAUCCUGAAGCAGUGGAGAGAUCUUUCAUAGAGUUUGAAAAGUUGAUGGAAUCUAAGGAUGAAGCUGGUAAUGACAAGAAUGAAGGAGAAGAGAUGAAUGAUGUGACUGCCCUGACUGACCAUAGCUCUUCAUUCAGUGCUUCAAUUCAAGAGGGAGGAAACAUAGAUGCUGAUGAAAUAAGCAGUGAAAGCCCAUCAAUGAUGAAAGACUUAAACGAAAAUCUUCACAGACCUUACACUGAUGUUCCUACCUUACAGUCCUACCAGACUGAUGACACACUAAACUCAAAUCCGACCAUCUCUGGUUUGAAACAUGAACACACAUUAAAGGAGGAAGCACUUGAUGAAUCAGUGGAAAACAUGAAGUUUCCACCAGAUCCUCCAUCAGAGCAGAGUUAUUUUAAUGAAGAGGGAACAGCCGAGAUAGACUCCCACACCCCAGUAACCAAAGAGAUGAUGGGUUCCACUCACACCAGGACUCCUAAUGGUAGUGAGGGAGAGGAAAGGAGAGAGGGUGGAAAGGAAGAGAAAAUGGAAGCGGGAGAAGAUUUAAUGAUGGAUAAAAUCAUAGGGCAAAUGAUUGGAGAUCCUGAAGCAGUGGAGAGAUCUUUCAUAGAGUUUGAAAAGUUGAUGGAAUCUAAGGAUGAAGCUGGUAAUGACAAGAAUGAAGGAGAAGAGAUGAAUGAUGUGACUGCCCUGACUGACCAUAGCUCUUCAUUCAGUGCUUCAAUUCAAGAGGGAGGAAACAUAGAUGCUGAUGAAAUAAGCAGUGAAAGCCCAUCAAUGAUGAAAGACAACCCUGAGCUCUUAAAUCCUGACAAACAUGUAGAAGUGAAAGAGGAUCAUUCAAAAGCUGUUCCAGAGAAAGUUGCAAUGGAUAAAGAGGUCUCCAUAGUAGCAGAUAUAAAUUCUGCCCUAGAAGAAUCUGGGGUGGUAGAACCUGCAGAAAACCCUAGAGAAGCAGAUGAGGUAGAAAUAGAGAUAGCAGCUGAGUGCGAGAACACCCAAAGUCCCUAUGACUCAGCAGCUCUUACAGCAAGGAACCAACAGUCAGAGGAUGAGGUUUGUUUAGAUCAUGAUACCUCAACUACUCAGCUUACCAAUAUAGUAGAUAUGGAACAACUGUUAACACCAAGUAAUGUCCUCAGAAUUACUACAGAAUCACAUCUGUCUCCGAGUUCCCCUUCACACAGUGAUGUUGGUGAAUCCAAACCUAUAGGACGGAGAAAAAAGAUGGGCUCUACCCGUCGCAAACGAGAAGCACUCAACACAGAGGAAGAGAAAUGGGAAGCUGGAGAAAAUGUCAUGAAGGAUGAAAUCAUAGGGCAAAUGAUUGGAGACCCUGAAGGAAUGGAAGGGUCCUUUCCAGAGAUUGAAAUGUUGAUGGAAUCUAAGGAUGAAGCUGGUAAUGACAACAAUGAAGGAGAAGAGAUAAAUAAUGUGACUGCUCUGACUGACCAUAGCUCUUCAUUCAGUAAUUCAAAUCAAGAAGGAGGAAAUAUAGAUGCUGAUGAAAUAAGCAGUGAAAGCCCAUUGAUUAUGAAUGAAUUAAACCAAAGUUUUCACAACCCUGACCCCAAUUUUCCUACUUUCCAGUCCUACCAGACUGAUGACACACUGAUCUCAAGUCCAGAUUUCUCUAGCGGACAAUGUGAAGACACAUUAAUGGAGGAAAAUUUUGCUGAAUCAAAGGAAAAUAAUGAUUUUCCUCCAGAUCCUCCACCAGAGCAGACUUAUCUUGGAGAAGAGGCAACAGCGAGCAAAGGAUCCCACACCCCAGUGAAGAAACGGAAGAUGGGUUCUACUCGCAGCAGGACUCCUCACGGUAGACAGGGAGGACAGAGCGCAAAGGAGAACCAGGAGGAUGAGAAUUUGGAAGACCAAGAGUUCAUAGGAGUGGUGGGAGAGAUCAUGAUAGCAGAAACUACUGAGCCUGUAAAGCUUGAGGAACAUGUAGAAAAAAUUGCAGAGGAUCAGGCUAGAGGUGACUCACACAACAUAUUAAAGGAGGAAGAGGUUGUUAUAGUAGCAGAACAAAAAUGUGGCUUAGAAAAACCUGAGCUUGUUGAAACUGCAGAAAUUCUUAGACGGGCAGAGCUGGCAGAAGUACAAAUAGUAGCUGAGUGUGAGAGCCCCCAAAUUACUAAUGUCACAAGAUGUGAAUCUAAAUCAAUAGGGAAGAGAAGAAAGAUGGGCUCUACCCGUCGAAUUCGAGAAGGACACAACACAGAGGAAGAGAAAAUGGAAGCUGGAGAAGAUUUAAUGAUGGAUAAAAUCAUAGGGCAAAUGAUUGGAGAUCCUGAAGCAGUGGAGAGAUCUUUCAUAGAGUUUGAAAAGUUGAUGGAAUCUAAGGAUGAAGCUGGUAAUGACAAGAAUGAAGGAGAAGAGAUAAAUGAUGUGACUGCCCUGACUGACCAUAGCUCUUCAUUCAGUACUUCAAUUCAAGAGGGAGGAAACAUAGAUGCUGAUGAAAUAAGCCGUGAAAGCCCAUCAAUGAUGAAAGACAACCCUGAUCUCCUAAAUCCUGACAAACAUGUAGAAGUGGCAGAGGAUAAUUCAAAAGCUGUUCCAGAGAAAGUUGCAAUGGAUAAAGAGGUCUCCAUAGUAGCAGAUAUAAAUUCUGCCCUAGAAGAGUCUGGGGUGGUAGAACCUGCAGAAAACCCUAGAGAAGCAGAUGAGGUAGAAAUAGAGAUAGCAGCUGAGUGCAAGAAAACCCAAAGUCCCUAUGACUCAGCAGCUCUUACAGCAAGGAACCAACAGUCAGAGGAUGAGGUUUGUUUAGAUCAUGAUACCUCAACUACUCAGCUUACCAAUAUAGUAGAUAUGGAACAUCUGUUAACAUCAAGUAAUGUCCUCAAAAUUACUACAGAAUCACAUCUGUCUCCGAGUUCCCCUUCACACAGUGAUGUUGGUGAAUCCAAAGCUAUAGGACGGAGAAAAAAGAUGGGCUCUACCCGUCGCAAACGAGAAGCACUCAACACAGAGGAAGAGAAAUGGGAAGCUGGAGAAAAUGUCAUGAAGGAUGAAAUCAUAGGGCAAAUGAUUGGAGACCCUGAAGCAAUGGAAGGGACCUUUCCAGAGAUUGAAAUGUUGAUGGAAUCUAAGGAUGAAGCUGGUAAUGACAACAAUGAAGGAGAAGAGAUAAAUAAUGUGACUGCCCUGACUGACCAUAGCCCUUCAUUCAGUAAUUCAAAUCAAGGAGGAAAUAUAGAUGCUGAUGAAAUAAGCAGUGAAAGCCCAUUGAUUAUGAAUGAAUUAAACCAAAGUUUUCACAACCCUGACCCCAAUUUUCCUACUUUCCAGUCCUACCAGACUGAUGACACACUGAUCUCAAGUCCAGAUUUCUCUAGCGGACAAUGUGAAGACACAUUAAUGGAGGAAAAUUUUGCUGAAUCAAAGGAAAAUAAUGAUUUUCCUCCAGAUCCUCCACCAGAGCAGACUUAUCUUGGAGAAGAGGCAACAGCGAGCAAAGGAUCCCACACCCCAGUGAAGAAACGGAAGAUGGGUUCUACUCGCAGCAGGACUCCUCACGGUAGACAGGGAGAACAGAGUGCAAAGGAGAACCAGGAGGAUGAGAAUUUGGAAGACCAAGAGUUCAUAGGAGUGGUGGGAGAGGUCAUGAUAGCAGAAACUACUGAGCCUGUAAAGCUUGAGGAACAUGUAGAACAAAUUGCAGAAGAUCAGGCUAGAGGUGACUCACACAACAUAUUAAAGGAGGAAGAGAUUGUUAUAGUAGCAGAACAAAAAUGUGGCUUAGAAAAACCUGAGCUUGUUGAAACUGCAGAAAUUCUUAGACGGGCAGAGCUGGCAGAAGUACAAAUAGUAGCUGAGUGUGAGAGCACCCAAAUUACUAAUGUCACAAGAUGUGAAUCUAAAUCAAUAGGGAAGAGAAGAAAGAUGGGCUCUACCCGUCGAAUUCGAGAAGGACACAACACAGAGGUAGAGAAAAUGGAAGCUGGAGAAGAUUUAAUGAUGGAUAAAAUCAUAGGGCAAAUGAUUGGUGAAUCUGACGCAGUGGAGAGGUCUUUCAUAGAGUUUGAAAAGCUGAUGGAAUCUAAGGAUGAAGCUGGUAAUGACAAGAAUGAAGGAGAAGAGAUAAAUGAUGUGACUGCCCUGACUGACCAUUGCUCUUCAUUAAGUUCUUCAAAUCAAGAGGGAAGAAACAUAGAUGCUCAUGAUAUUGGCAAUGAAAGUCCACCAAUAAUUAAUGAAUUAAACCAAACUCUUGACAACACUAACCCUCAUGUUACUACUUUACAGUCUUACCACACUGAUGAGACACUGAUCUCAUGUCCUGAUAUCUCUGGUGGGCAACGUGAAUACACAUUAAUGGAGGGAAAGCUUGAUGAAUCAAAAGAAAACAUAUCCUUUCCUCCAGAUCCUCCAUCAGAGCAGAGUUUUCUUGGAGAACAGGGAACAGUGGGCAAAAGACCCCACUCCCCAGUGAAGAGAAGGACGAUGGGUUCUUCUCGCAUUAGGACUGCUCACGGUAGACAGGGAGGACAGGGAACAGAGAAGAUCCGGGAGGAGAAUGAUAUAGAAGAUCAAGAGUUCACAGGUGUGAUGGGAGGGUUCAUGAUAGCAGAAAAGCCUGUGCCUGUAAUGCUUGAGGAACCUGUAGAAAAAAUGACAGAAGAUCAGGCUAGUUUUGACUCAGAGGCCAUAGUAAAGGAGGAAGCGGUUGCAAAAGCAGCAGACCAAGAAUGUGGCAUAGAAAAUCCUGAGCUUGUCGAACCUGCAGAAAACAUUGAAGGGGUAGAAGUACAAAAAGUAGUGUGUGAGAGCACCCAAAUUCUUUAUGACCCAGCAGUUCUUAUGGCAGAGAGCCAACAGUCAGGAUAUAUGGUUUGUUUAGAUCCUGAUUCCUCAACUAUUCAGCUUUCCCAUGCAGUAGACAUCGAACAUCAUCUAUCAACAUCAUGUAUUAACCCCAGAGAUCCUUCAAAAUCAUCUCUGUCUCUGAGUUCCCAUUCUCCCAAGGAUGUUGGUGAAUCCAAAACUAUUAGGAGAAGAAAGAUGGGCUCUACCCGUCGCAUCCGAGAAGGACUCAACACAGUGGAAGAGAAAAGGGAAGCUGGAGAUAAUGAAAUCAUGGGGCAAAUGAUUGGAGAUCCUGAAGUCAUGGAGGGUGGGAUUGAAAUGUUGAUGGAAUCUAAGGAUGAAGCUGGCAAUGACAAGAAUGAAGGAGAGAUUAAUGAGUCCUACCUGAAUGAUGACACACUGAACUCAAAUCCUGACAUCUCUAGUUUGUGCCACGGAGACAGAUUUAUGGAGGACAAGCUUGAUAAAUCAAUGGAAAAUGAGAGGUUUCCCCCAGAUCAUUCCUCAGUGCAGAGUGUUCUUGUUGAAGAGGUAACAUUGUGCAAAGAGACACACACACCAGUGAAGAAAAUUGAGAUGGGUUCUACUCACAGCAGGACUUCUCAAGAUAGGCAGGUAGAGGAAAGAGCAGAGAAGAGCCCGGGGAAGGAGAAUAUAGAAGAUCAAGAGGUCAUAGGAGAGGUCAUGAUAGCAGAAAAGAAUGCACCUGUUAAGCUUGAGGAACUCGUUGAUAAUGUGAUAAAGGAUGCGGCUAAACGUGACCUAGAGACCAAAGAGGAAGACUUAGUAGAAGGAACAUUUCCUGAUUCCCAACCUUGUAUGAUUGUUGGUGAACCCAAAGGUGUAGAGAAGAGAAGAAAGAUGGGAUCUACCCGUCGGACACGAGAAGGUUUCCAUACGGAGGAAGAACAGAGGAAGCCUGAAGAAAAGAUAAUGGAGGAAGAGUUCAGAGGGGAAACCAUCAAAGAUUCAGAAGUCAGUGUUGUUUUGGACCAAUUACAAGAGGAACACAGGCCUGAAGACCAACAGGAGAGACCAAACACAGGGACAGAGGAUGUUGCCUCAAGCACUGGUAUGAGUGCAGAAGGGUCUGAACAAGUGACUCCAGCUCUGCAACCUGGCCCUGCGAAUAUAAUUGAUCAAAAAAAGGGAGGGCAUGCAAACAAGAGCCCAGUUGCCAGAAUGCCGAAACAACCACCAGGUACCUUAGGAAGCUCUGGCUCUAGAUCAAACCCCUACAACGUGGUGAUUGUUGGAAAUAGUAGUGUGGGCAAAACCUCCUUCAUUAAGUACUUUCAAAGUGGCAAGUUCUCUAUAGACCACUCUGCUACCAUUGGUAUUGAUACUUGUAUACAGUCUCUAACAGUGGAUGGCAGCCAUGUGACUUUACAAUUAUGGGAUACUGCAGGUCAAGAAAGGUAUCACAGCAUCACCAGACAAGUGUUCCAUAAAGCCCAGGGUCUCCUUCUGAUGUAUGACAUCACUUCCUCUCAGAGUUUCUUUGAUGUCCGCUACUGGGCCAACUGUAUUCAGGAAGGGGCCCCAGAUGAUGUGGUCCUCAUACUCCUUGGGAACAAGGCAGAUUGUGCUGAACCAGAAAGACAGGUUCAGACGCAUGAGGGGAAGAACCUGGCAAAGGAGUACAACAUGCUCUUUAUGGAAUGCAGUGCCGCUACAGGAGACAAUGUGAUUCUCUCUAUGGAAAACCUUGCUAGGAUGCUGAGACAACAGGGAGAGAAGACGAGGCAAGAAGAGAAGAGCUUGAUAUUGCAGAAAGAACCUCCAAAGAAGAAGUCAGGCUGUUGCUGAUCAAGGAGCAGAUCUCAUAACCACAUUUCAUUAUUGGCAGCACUCAAGCACAUUAACAUGCACACACAAAGACGCAUCUCUGCCUUAUAAGCUCUUAUGAAAGUACUUCAACUUAUAAAUAUUCCAUAUGUAAUACAUCCUGUUAAGUGAGACAACUAUGCGGUAUUAGAAUUGUGACACUUGCAAUCCUCCUUAUAUUUUAUCUUUUUUUAACUCUUUUUGUGGGAUAAAUAAUGCAAUAAUAAAGAGAUAUACACUCUUAGAUUUAUUUUCCAUUUCAUUUCAUUUUUGAGAUGAAGCAUUUAAAAUCAUAAGAACUGGUUUUGGAAGAAAGGGUUUUUUAAAUAUUAUUUGUACGUCAGGAAGGAUUUUUUGGAAUGCAGGUGGAGUUCUAUAUAGAACUAAAUAUAAUAUUUCCUCUACUGCACAGUGAUUUUAAGAAUUGUUUAUUUUAAUAUCUGUAUUUUUAUUUCCCCAAAAAUAUAAAUAACAUGUUCCUGAACUGUUAAACUAAUCCAAACUGUUAGUUUAUGGAUUUGUUUUUUCCAGUUUAGAUGAUUAACACGCUCCCAGUAUACAAUAAUCCCUACACAGGUAAUCAUUCUGAAUUUACACUCUUUUGAUAUCCUAACUCUGGCUGGAAAUGCACAUUAGUUUGCAAGCUAGCAUAAUGUGUCUUGUGCACUGAUUUGGCCUGUAAACCAAUAGUUUCCUAACUCAGUUGUUAGAGGCAAAAAAAAUAAACUUUCUACUCAGCAUCA